UCAGUGUUGGGAUUUACUUCUUGUUUCUCCAAUGUCGAGUCGAUCCCGAUACUAAAUGGAUCAAACUUUUCUGAAUGGAAGGAACAUUUGUUACUUGUGCUUGCCCUCAUGGAUCUUGAUAUAUCCCUAAGGGAAGAUCGUCCGGAUGCCAUUGAAAAAACCGAGCAUUGGGACCGUUCCAACCGCAUUAGUAUGAUGAUAAUGAAAAACCGGAUCCCGCCUAAGUUUAGAGGCAUUGUCCCCGAGGAUGUAACAACAGCCAAAGAAGCUUUGUCUGCGGUUGAGAAAUGCUAUGCGAAACCUGAGAGGGCAGAAGUGGCAAUGGUCCUAGCCGAGUUUGGUUUAAAGAAAAAAGAGAAUGAGAGUGUUAGAGAGUAUAUUAUGAUGAAGAUGAGCGUUGCAGCUAAGUUGAAGAAGCUUGGGAUGAGUAUUCUUGAUAAUGUCAUGGCGGAUAUAAUACUCGAUAGUCUUCCCUCGGAGUAUGAUCUUCUUCGGAAGACUUAUUACCGUAUGCAACUUGCAUGGUCCACUCAUGAACUCAUCUCUCACUGUGUGCAAGAAGAGGAGAGGUUGAUGAAUCAAAAGAAGGAGCAUGAUCUUGUUGCUGGAGUAGCAUCAAAUAAUCCAUAUGCUCUAGAGGCAGCAUUUGAAUAUUAG